AUGAUUUUUUGUCUUUUGCCAUAAAUAUUUGGAAUUAAAGUAUGAAAUUAUAUAAUACCUAGCAUACUAAGAUAGAGUUAUUAAUAAAUGGGUGUAUUUUUGAAUUAAAAUUUGAAAAAGGUGAAUAUUUAAUGAAGUCAACAUCAACCCUAUCGCUUCGAGGAGGAGGAUGUGUAGGAUAAAAAAUAAAACCAAAAAUUCAAAUGUAAACCACGAUUCCAAUUGAUUACAAAUAAAAAAUGAAAUUCAAUAGUUAAGAGCUUGUGGAUAAAUGUGAUUAACUUUAAGACAAUUUUUCUAGGAAUGAUAUAAUGAUUUCAUUAUAAUGGUUUUCUGAUAAUCGAUAUUGGAUUAGUGAAAUUUGUAAAAAUGACAAUUUUAUUUUAAUGCUCUAUGAUUUGGCAUUAGAAUAAUUUAGAUAGCUUAUUUCAGUUAUAUCAGUUUAUUUAAGAGGAUCAGGUUGUCUUUGUUAUUAUGUUUUGGAAGUUUGUAAUGAUUUAUUAUUAAUAAUAUAUACUUAUUAGCUUAACGAUGAAAAACGCUUUCUUUUGGUUGAAGUGCAUGAUGAAUUAUUGUCUUAGAUUGAUAUUAUUCAGAAAGAUAUUGAAGCUCAUUAAAAUUUUUGGUCAAAUGGACUAGAGUUUUAGAUAACUCUGAUAAAAAUAGUCUUAAUAAAUAGUAAGACAAACACUAAGGAAUAAUAGAAUAUAUUGAAAUCAAUUGCUUCCUCGGCAUUUUCUUCUUUAUUAUCACUUUCGAUAAGUGAAAAUUUUAUGAAUGCCUUAUUUGAUUUUGCAAAAUAUUUGCUGAUUGAAAAAUACAAUCAAUUUUCUUACCCUAUUCAAACAUAUCAAAUAUAUUACUUCUUUUUUCUCUUAAAAUGGAGCAUUAUAAAAAAUAUUCAAGAAUAGAAUUUAGUAAAUAAAUAAAUUGCAAAUCUUUAGUUAGGAUAUUAAUAAUAUGUGCAGAAUUCAGAUAAUUGGAUAGUUCACUUUUGUUGGAUAAAUGCUAUCUCAGAUUUGAUUUCAUAUAGGUAAAUUAUAUCAAAAACCAUGUUCUUAAAAAAUUAAGAUGAUAUGAAAUAAAAAUAGUUAUGGAAUGAAUUAAUUAAACUAGAUAUUAUUUAGGUAUUGCCUUAUGAUAAAUAUCUUGGGAAAGUAAAUAAUAAUUGCUCCUUUAAGUCUAUUGAUUAUGAAACAGAACAAAUAUUAAAUGGAUUAGGUUUGAAUAAGAUGAAAUUAUUUUAAAAUGCUAUUGUAAAUCAAUAAUUUGCUAAUAAAUAAAAUUUCUUUUAAUCUUAUGUAGAUUUUACAUUUUAAAAACUAAAAAAACCAGAUGAAAAAAACAAUCUACCACCAAGAUUUGAAUUAUUGGGUGUUGAUGAAUAAAUGAAGAAAAUUUAACGUUUAUAUCAAUUGUUAAAAGAGAUUAAAGAAAAGAUCUAAGAACAAUAUAUUGAAAGUUAAUUUGAAUCAUUACCAUCGCGUUAGUAAGAAAUUGAGACAAAAAAUAAAGUUAAUUAAUAUGAUCUAGUUUUAGAUAAAGAAAGAGAAGUUCAAUAAUUAGAGUUUAGUCUUUUCAAACUUUCAUAUUUACUUCAUGAAGUUGAUUUUACUAUGAUUAUAGAAAAAAAGAGAAUAGAAAUCUGUUAAGAAUAANUUUUCUGAUAAUCGAUAUUGGAUUAGUGAAAUUUGUAAAAAUGACAAUUUUAUUUUAAUGCUCUAUGAUUUGGCAUUAGAAUAAUUUAGAUAGCUUAUUUCAGUUAUAUCAGUUUAUUUAAGAGGAUCAGGUUGUCUUUGUUAUUAUGUUUUGGAAGUUUGUAAUGAUUUAUUAUUAAUAAUAUAUACUUAUUAGCUUAACGAUGAAAAACGCUUUCUUUUGGUUGAAGUGCAUGAUGAAUUAUUGUCUUAGAUUGAUAUUAUUCAGAAAGAUAUUGAAGCUCAUUAAAAUUUUUGGUCAAAUGGACUAGAGUUUUAGAUAACUCUGAUAAAAAUAGUCUUAAUAAAUAGUAAGACAAACACUAAGGAAUAAUAGAAUAUAUUGAAAUCAAUUGCUUCCUCGGCAUUUUCUUCUUUAUUAUCACUUUCGAUAAGUGAAAAUUUUAUGAAUGCCUUAUUUGAUUUUGCAAAAUAUUUGCUGAUUGAAAAAUACAAUCAAUUUUCUUACCCUAUUCAAACAUAUCAAAUAUAUUACUUCUUUUUUCUCUUAAAAUGGAGCAUUAUAAAAAAUAUUCAAGAAUAGAAUUUAGUAAAUAAAUAAAUUGCAAAUCUUUAGUUAGGAUAUUAAUAAUAUGUGCAGAAUUCAGAUAAUUGGAUAGUUCACUUUUGUUGGAUAAAUGCUAUCUCAGAUUUGAUUUCAUAUAGGUAAAUUAUAUCAAAAACCAUGUUCUUAAAAAAUUAAGAUGAUAUGAAAUAAAAAUAGUUAUGGAAUGAAUUAAUUAAACUAGAUAUUAUUUAGGUAUUGCCUUAUGAUAAAUAUCUUGGGAAAGUAAAUAAUAAUUGCUCCUUUAAGUCUAUUGAUUAUGAAACAGAACAAAUAUUAAAUGGAUUAGGUUUGAAUAAGAUGAAAUUAUUUUAAAAUGCUAUUGUAAAUCAAUAAUUUGCUAAUAAAUAAAAUUUCUUUUAAUCUUAUGUAGAUUUUACAUUUUAAAAACUAAAAAAACCAGAUGAAAAAAACAAUCUACCACCAAGAUUUGAAUUAUUGGGUGUUGAUGAAUAAAUGAAGAAAAUUUAAAGUUUAUAUCAAUUGUUAAAAGAGUUUAAAGAAAAGAUCUAAGAAAAAUAUAUUGAAAGUUAAUUUGAAUCAUUAACAUCGCGUUAGUAAGAAAUUGAGACAAAAAUAACGUUAAUUAAUAUGAUCUAGUUUUAGAUAAAGAAGAGAAGUUCAAUACUGAGAGUUUAGUCUUUCAAACUUUCAUAUUUACUUCAUGAAGUUGAUUUUACUAUGAUUAUAGAAAAAAAGAGAAUAGAAAUCUGUUAAGAAUAAGUUAAAUUGUAUGAAAACUAAAAUCAAAAAGAUAAGUAAAAUUAGAAUAAAAAAGAUUAAAAUAAAUAAGGAGUUUAAUAAAAAUAGCUUGAAAAUAUUUAUAAUGAUUGGAUCUCAUUAUAUUUUCCAAAUAAAUACAUUAAAAUGUUUAAUCUCAUUACUAAACUAAGAGGAUUUCACUUCAAAUUUUCUAAAUUUGAGAAAACAGAAUCCAAAUAGUAAUAAAAGCAAAUUCAAGACAAUGAUUUAAGUUUACUUAUUCACGAUGUUUAGCUUUCUAUAGAAAAGUUUUUAUAAGAACUUAAUAUUUAUUAAUAAUCAUUAUCGAAGUUUUGGAGGAGUGACAAUAAGCUAACAACCAUUACAGAUAAUGAAUAAUACGAUUUAAAAAUAAAUGAAUUCAUAUUUGAGAUUAUUGAAAAGAAUAAAUUAAGAUUUGUUAAUGAUGAAUACCAUAAAGAAUUUAAGGAAUAUCUUUUUCAAUAAGAAUUUUAAACUCUUGAAGAUAUUUAAACAUUUAACUUUAAAGUAUAAAACUAUAUCAAAAUGAUGAAAAUUUUAUAAGGUUAACAAUUGUAAAAAGCUUAUAUUUUUUCAAAAUUGGAGUUGAAUCUCAAAUCUACUUUAGAAACUAAAUAAAAUAAAUAGCUUAAAUAAUAAGACAAUAACCAAUAACAAUAAAUAUAAAUAUGUUAAUAAAUUUCAUAACAAAAAAAUGAUAUUGUGGCAUUUCUGUAAAAUGACAUAAAAGAUAAAGGUUUUAUUGACAAAAUACUUCAAUAAAUUGUAAACUUAAGAAAUAAAAUUAGAGUUAAUUUUGCUUUUUAAUAGAAUAGCUAUGUAAGUUCGGCCUUAAUUCUAUAAAAUUAAAUUUAUAAUUAAUUAUUUAAAUUUAAUUUGUACUCUUAGUAAGAUAUUGAAUAAUGCAUGAUUGAUAUAUUGAAGUUAUACAGAUAAUUUGAGUAAUUAAAUUCUAUUCAAUAUUAGAAUCAAAAAGAUCAAACUUUAACAUAAAAUGAUAUUAAAAAUAAGAAUACACAAGAUCAAAUUUAAAAUGAAAAUAAUGAAUAGAAUGAGUAUUUAAUACUUAUUUCUAACAAAAUAAACCAAUUGAAUAACUAAAUAAUGUAUAUUAACAAAAUUAUUGAUAAUAUGGAAGAAUUAUCUUAGUAUGUUCAUUAAAAUUGUAUGGAUUUCGAGUAUCAUUUUCAAAAACAUAUCUUAGAUAAUGUUAAAUCAAUAAUCAAAGAAUUAAUAAAUCAAUCUUAAUUAGAUUAAUUAUUAAAUGAAUUUAUAUAAAAUAAUUUGGAUAUAUAGUAAAAUCAAGGAACUUAAAUAAAAAAUACAAUAAACUUUACUUUAAAAGAUUUUGCUACUAUUUUUUGUUAUAAUUAGAUAACUUCAGAUAAAGCAGUUUAAAUAGAUAAAGACUACUAAGAAUUAUUAGAUAAUUUAGAAUAAGUAAAUGAUAGUGGAACGAAAGAUCUAUGA